AUGGAUACUAUCACAACAUUUUCCCUUCUCCUCUCAACUCUAACAUUUGCUCUCUCUGUUCUUGGAUCAACUUCAGAAUAUUCAUCAUCACCACCCCUUGAAAACUUUCUCCAAUGUCUUUCAAAUCAUUCUUCACCUUCAUACCCUGCAUCAAACGCCAUCUACACUCCGAAAAACUCCUCAUUCUUAAACAUUUUACACAUGCAUACACAUAACAACAGAUUUUCCUCACCAACAGCACCAAAACCUCUUGCAAUUGUAACAUCCCUGCACGAGUCACACGUGCAGGGUACUAUUACAUGUGCAAAAAAUCAUGGCCUCCAAAUCAGAAUCCGAAGUGGAGGCCAUGAUUGUGAAGGUCUUUCAUAUGUAUCAGAUGUUCCUUUUAUUAUACUCGACAUGUUUCAUCAUGAUUCGGUUGAUGUUGACAUUGAAAACGGAACAGCAUGGGUUGAAUCUGGUGCAACAAUUGGUAAGCUUUAUUAUACCAUUGCAAAGAAAAACAAUUCUCUUGCUUUUCCGUCCGGGGUCUGUACUACUCUAGGUACGGGCGGUCAUUUCUCAGGUGGUGGAUAUGGUAAUUUGAUGCGAAAAUUUGGUCUUUCUGUUGAUAAUAUUAUCGAUGCAAAUAUUGUUGAUGUUAAUGGUAAUAUUCUUGAUAGAAAAUCAAUGGGAGAAGAUUUAUUUUGGGCUAUAAGGGGUGGUGGUGGUGCUAGUUUUGGUGUCAUUCUUAAAUGGAAGAUUAAACUUGUUUCGGUUACACCACAAGUAACAGUUUUCAAAGUGAUACAUAGCCUAGAAAAAGAUGCAACUAAUGUUGUUUACAAAUGGCAAGAAAUUGCAUCCAAAUUAGAUGAAAAUCUUUUCAUAAGAGCUAGUUUUGAGGUAGUCAAUGGUACUCAAAAGGGUACAAAGACAAUAAAUGUUAAAUUUAUUGGUAUGUUUUUAGGACUAAUUGAUAAAUUAAUGCCUUUGAUGAAUACAAGUUUCCCUCAAUUGGGUUUGAAGAAAAGUGAUUGUAUUGAAAUUCCAUGGGUCAAUUCAACUCUUUAUUGGGCCAAUUAUCCAAUUGGAACUAAGAUUGAAGCUUUGCUUGAUGUGCCUAAAGAGCCCAUUUUUUACAAUUUUAAAACCAUGUCAGAUUAUGUGAAGAAACCCAUUUCAAAGACUCAUUUGGAAUCUAUUUGGAAGUUUAUGAUUAAAAUUGAUCAUGUGAAGAUGGAAUGGAAUCCUUAUGGUGGGAUGAUGCAUGAGAUUUCAGCAUCAGAAACUCCAUUUCCUCAUAGGAAAGGAAACUUGUUCUUGAUUGAGUAUUUGACAUCAUGGGGAGAAAAUGGUGUUGAGGCUGAAAAUCAUUACUUGAACAUUUCAAAGGCAUUUUAUGAAUUUAUGACACCUUAUGUUUCUAACUCACCUAGGGAAGCAUUUCUUAAUUAUAGAGAUCUUAAUAUUGGUGCCAACUAUCCUAGUAAUACAACAAAAAUAGACUUGUCACAAAGUUAUGGGAUCAAGUAUUUUUGGGGUAACUUUCAAAAAUUAGUGAGUGUGAAAUCUAGGGUUGAUCCUCAAAAUUUCUUUAGAUAUGAGCAGAGUAUACCACCCCUUUUACAUUAG